UGCACCUGUGUCUUUGUGACAGCGCUCAAAGAGCCCCCUGGGUCUUCUUCCCUGGCCCAGCUUUGCUUGGGAGAGCUUCCAGGCCCCCUGUCCAGGGUCCCCAAGGAGCAUGGGGCUCCUCACCCUUCCUGGAUGUACAAACUUCUGAGCACAGAUAGAUGCUGAGCUACCCAAGCUGACAGGCAGAGCCUCUUAUUCAACAUCCUCCCAAGCCGAGACAGUUCUGGGUAUCCUAAGACCAAGGACGUGGGCAGACUGCUGGACUGCACUAAAGCUCUAAUCUCUCCAGCCAAAGCAUGCAUCUUAGCUGAGCCUUCUCCAAACCUCCCACGACAAGAAACCCCAUCUCUUUCAGAUUUCUCUUGGCAAUGUGCUUCCAAGUGCUCUGCUGAGGAACAAUGGGAAGUCUGCCCAGCAGAGGAAAAACGCUGCCAAGCCCAAGCUCAAGCCCUUCUGUCCGAGGCCAGGAACCUGCACCCAUGCAAGCAGAGAGAAGCAAGGCUGCCGUGGCCCUAGGCAGUUUCCCUGCAGGUGGGCAGGCUGAACAGUCGCUGAGACUGGGGGAACCAUUGACCGUCCUCUCUGAGAAUGGAGACUGGUGGACAGUGCUGUCAGAAGUCUCAGGCAAAGAGUACAGUAUCCCCAGCGUCCACGUGGCCAAAGUCUCCCAUGGGUGGCUCUAUGAGGGCCUGAGUCGGGAGAAAGCUGAGGAACUGCUGCUGCUCCCAGGGAACCCUGGAGGGGCCUUCCUCAUCCGGGAGAGCCAGACCAGGAGAGGCUGUUACUCACUGUCCGUCAGACUCAGCCGCCCUGCAUCCUGGGACCGGAUCAGACACUACAGGAUCCAAUGUCUUGACAAUGGCUGGCUGUACAUUUCACCACGCCUCACCUUCCCUUCCCUCCAAGCCCUGGUGGACCAUUACUCUGAGCUGGCGGAUGACAUCUGCUGCCUCCUCAAGAAGCCUUGUGUCCUGCAGAGGGCUAGCCCACUCCCUGCCAAGAACAUACCCCUACCUGUGACUGUGCAGAGGACACCACUCAACUGGAAGGAGCUCGACAGCUCCCUCCUGUUUUCUGAAGCAUCUGCUACAGGGGAAGAACCUCUUCUCAGUGAGGGUCUUCUGGAGUCCCUCAACUCCUACAUCUGCUUGACUGAGGAUACAUCUUGGGACGAUGUCAAGGCCCAAAGCAGAGGCCAAAAAGGAAACUAAGACUGCAGCACCUAGAACCCCAACCAGCUCACCUCGACUAAACACCCCUGAGACGAGGCUGACUAAGGGAGGCCUGGGUCACACGGGGUUCCUCAGCUCCUUCCUCUCUUGGUCCUAAGAAGUCACCCACCUCAUCCCAGUACCAUGACCCUAUCUGCAACCUCUCUAGUCCGAGUACAGAUAGUUGAGAACAGGGCAGUGCUCCAGAAAGAGUAAACUUCCCUGGUAUCUGACCUGGUGAGGUCCUGAGUUUAGGGCUUCCAGCACUGUCUUCAUCCCGUCUGUUGAUUCCCAUUCUACAUCCCCACUGUCGACUGGCCUCACCCACAGGGUAGCGAUUACCAUUAGCAUCAAGGAGAAAAAAAAAUAAUUUCAAGCAAAUUUACAAGUCUUACCACCAUACCUUAGAAGGUAGGGGUGUGGCCUAGAAGGAAAGGAGAGGGGACAGAUGGCUGUACCACAGCAGCAGAUCCUGGGUUGUCCAGCCUCCACCCAACCUCCAGAGCAAAUAGGACCUCUGACAAUCCAAGUCCUCAAAUGUCUUCCUUCCAUCAAGGCCCUUCUCUAGACAGCCCCAUCUCACAGAUCUCUAUUUCAUAUUGGUACUUAAUUUAAACCUGGCCAAGCUUUCCCAGCCAUACUGGCCUUGCCACCUUGUGGCCAAGUACAAAAUGACACUUCCUGAGCCUGACACUGCAGUGAGGCCAGUCACCUCUCAUGCUGGCCAGAGGCACCAGAAGGUGGUAAGCCUUCCCUCCACCAUACCAAGACAAUGCCACAGCCUAAAUCUACUCCAGCCCUUGAUUUCCCUGCUGCCCAUAAGGAGAAAGAGGGCCAGUGGGAGCUGCUAAGAAAUUAGGCAGAGGAAGAAAGAGCAGCGCUAAUGCUUCUACUGGGUCCUCAAGCUACAGGUAAAGUGGGAAAGGGUUUACCAGGUAUUGUCAACAAGUUCUCAAUUAAAGAUCUGAUUUAUUCAAGUAUCUGAAAACAUUCUACAAUGGAAACUGUUAUUAGGUGCUGCUCAUACUGUGCUAUGGGCCAUGCACAUACAGCCAUAUUGUUUCAGAAGACUUGAAAUGCCACUGAUAGUUUAAAAACUGUACACUUGAUAGAGAAUCGAGGAAGACAUUUUAAUGUUUCAUCCGAAUCCAUAGGUGCAUCAAGGUAAAUGACAGCUCCACUUGGCAAACGGCUGUUACAUGAUGGCAUCCAAGAAGAAAUGGUUGGUGAUGGACAAACUCAGAAAUGCUUCCCCCAAAGGUGAUGGUUCUUUAAAAAGUUUCAGGUCACAAUCCUUGCAGAAAACACUGAUGCCCAACACACUGAUUAGAGGUCCAGGAAACACAGGUCUUUUAGGUUCCAAGGGGCUGGGGUGCCCCAACAAUCAUGUUUCUGUGCUGUUAUUAGGAGGCUUCCUUUGGACUGGACAGGGAGGUGGGAGCUUGUACACCAUCAGUCAUAGUGAAUGGCAGUAUAAAAGAUGAUCCAAAUGAC